CGUUCAGCCAUUACUCCGCGAUGGUGACUACGGGAGGUUUCACGUAAAAUCUCACACGCGACGAAACUUGGAUUUACGGAGCUCACCUUUGCGCUCAGGUGUCAAAGUAAAGGUGUUUAUACCUCUCGACUCCCGCGUGUGUUUCAUCUCCGGCGUAUCUUCAGUUACUAUCCUUUAGUUUUGCUCAGUAUUAGAGUAGUUUUUUUUGUUUGGCUGUUGUUUGUGUUCAGAUGACGGCGCAGGUAGACUACCUGGUGGUGGUUUUCACCGCCACAUCUGGCGCGAGCGGAGAGCUGCUAGGAUCUGACGAGAAGGAGCUCGUGCAGUUGGUUUGGCAGCUGGUGGAUAUACAGAACAAAAAGUUGGGCAAGGUGAAUGAGAUCGUCAUUAAGCCUGACCUCUCAGACUUGACAGAUGAAAAAGAGGAGGAGGAGGAUGUGGUGGAGGAAAACGUGGAAGAGGAGAAUGGAUCCAGAGCAGAUUGUGUCUCCACAGCCACAAGUCUUGAGACAGCAUUAAACCAGUUUCAUCUACAGCUGACAAAUGAGGUGAACAGCGCGGGCGCAGGCACGUCGGUGUGUCUGUGUACAGACGGGCAGCUCCACAUCCGUCAAGUGAUUCACCCCGAGGCCGCGAGCAAGAACAUCCUGGUCCCGGACUGUUUCUACUCUUUCUUUGACCUUCGGAAAGAGUUCAAGAAGCACUUCACCACAUCUGACCUCAAGGCUUUGAAUGCACACAUCAUGGCAGAGUCUCUUAGUAUACCUGUUGAUGUGCCCACCAUGUGGGAUCCCUCAGCCACACUAGACCCAUCAGCCAUAUUGCCUGCAGAAAUGGCAGUACAGCAGGUCCAGAUUAUGGCCAGCAUUGCACUUGCCCUGCUUUCUGAGCCAUUUUGCCACACGUUUUCUAACCAGGAGAGAGUUAGUGAGAAGUUUGAGACUGGCACUUGCAGUAAGAUGGAGAAAGUGUGCGACAACACAGUGAUCAGAGCCAGAGGGUUGCCAUGGCAGUCUUCUGACCAGGACAUUGCUCGAUUCUUCAGAGGACUCAACAUUGCUAAAGGAGGGGCUGCAUUGUGUCUGAAUGCUCAGGGGAGGAGGAAUGGAGAAGCUCUUGUUCGUUUCGUCAGUGAAGAACACAGAGACCUGGCGCUGCAAAGACACAAACACCAUAUGGGCAACAGAUACAUAGAGGUUUACAAAGCAACAGGAGAGGACUUCCUGAAGAUAGCAGGAGGUACCUCCAACGAGGUAGCAAUAUUCCUGUCCCGUGAGGACCAGAUCAUAGUGAGGAUGCGAGGUCUUCCUUUCACCGCCACACAUGAGCAGGUGCUCACCUUCUUCUCCCCGGGGGAGGGCCUUAAAGAGAUGUGUCCGGUAAGCGGAGGGAGAGAUGGCAUCCUAUUUGUUCGCUAUCCAGACGGGCGUCCCACUGGCGAUGCCUUUGUUUUAUUUGCCUGUGAGGAACACGCCCAGUGUGCUCUGAGGAAACACAAGGAAAUCCUGGGGAGAAGAUAUAUUGAGCUGUUCAAAAGUACAGCAGCAGAAGUCCAACAGGUUUUGAACAGGUACUCGUCGGCCCCUCUGAUCCCAGUGGCCCCUGCCCCCUUGGUGUCAAUGCUGCCCACGGUGUCUCUCCUGCCCCCUCCUGGUGGUAUGAGGGACUGCCUGAGGCUGAGGGGGCUGCCAUACACAGCGAGCAUAGAGGACAUCCUCACCUUCCUGGGCGAGUUUACACACGAUAUCAGACCACAUGGUGUGCACAUGGUCCUCAACCAGCAGGGGCGUCCAUCAGGCGACUGCUUCAUCCAGAUGACCUCAGCAGAGCGGGCACUUCAGGCCUCACAGCGGCUCCACAAGCAUGUGAUGUCCAGCCAGCGUGGGACCAACAGCCGCUACGUGGAGGUGUUUCCCUGCAGCGCAGAGGAGAUGGGCCUGGUGCUGAUGGGAGGCUCCCUCUCACACACACAUACACACACACACAACCGGAGCAGGAGUGGGACAGGGCUCAGCCCGCCGCCAUGUUUAUCUCCACCAUCUUACUCCUUCACCCCUGCUCCACCUGUCAUGCCUACAGAGGCUGCUGCUGCCCUCUACCCUCCCAUGGGUCAGGUGUUGCUGACCCCACGCCACCUGCCACCAGGACAUGCCUACUACCCCGCUUCAGCUCAGCUAUACAUGAACUACACAGCCUAUUACCCAAGUCCACCUGGCUCACCUACCGUAGGUUUCUUCCCCUCCCCCUCCUCCCUCUCCUCCCUCUCCUCCCCAGGGGGUUUGGUGCGCAUGCCAGGUCUGACCUACAACAACAAUGGAGUCAAAGACCUCAUUAAUGCAAUGCAGGGAUACCAGUAUGCCCCCGAGGAUGCUCUCAUGCACGCCCAUGGGCCUGUGCACGCUCACGACCCGGCCAGGACAUUGCUUACACAGCCCAAAGAAUGGGUGUGUAUUUAAGAUGUCUGAGGCAGGUGGCAGGUAAGGAUUGGCUGAGGGCUCAGUGAGGGGGAUUUAGUUUAGACAGGGGUUGUAGGCUUGGGUCUUGACUGAUCACCAGGGGUUACAAUACAACAAUGACAUUUCCUACAUAGACAGGGAAUUUUCCACUAACCACACACAGCAGCAACAAUGGACACAUUUUUGAUUGGGUUGAGUGGUUAGAGGAAAUUUCUUGGAUUUUGGUCAAUCCUUGGAUUUUGUCUUGAAUCGUUUUGAUGGUGUGCUGUUUUCUGACCGACUGUUUGACCCUUCUGCAGCAGUCUGCUUUAUCUAAUACUGGCUACUACAUUUCUGUCUUCUCAAGAAGUUAUUUAUGGGCUACAGCAAUAGCCAUGAGGGCUAAUUGACCGUUCGCUAAACCCUGCUAUAGUGAUUGAACAAUCAUAGCUUAGCAACCAUAAUUAGGCACAGCAGGCCUGUCAAGCUUUGGAUUUCUCCAUAUGCCAAUAUGGUGGGAAUGGGUCUCUAAUAAGAGCUGUACUCUGUAUCUCAGAGUUUGGACGGUGGUGUCUUUUUUUUUUUUUUAAUUACCUUUCCAAAAAACAAAAACACAACAAUAAAAGUGUAAAGAAUGGCUUAAACACAUUAAACACCGUUUAUCUUCUCUAACGUGAGCUGGAAUUGUUAGCAUGUCCAGCUAACUAGCUUACCCCCUACUGUGGUAACCCAGCGUUUCUUCCAAAAGGCGUUGUUAUUAGCUAACUAACUGUAUUAUAAUUUGGGGUUACAGGUUGUGUUUGGUAAAUAAAAUAUCUGUUCAGAACUGGAACAUUCACUGCGUGAGUGCCAAGUACCUAGUGCUACUACUACUCCAACCAAACGUGCGUCAAAUAGUAUCACGUUUGCCAAACUCACUAGGUAGUCCUCAUCCUCAAAUCCCUUUUUCUUGUUUUCAACCAACUCACUGAGUUUUAGCGCUAGCAUUAGCUUAGCUAGCUAGCGUAAGCUACAGCUGAUAAAGUCUGCUAAAGAUGCUAAAUGUCUUUUCAGCCAACAAAAUCCAAGGUUGUCAGCUAGAAAUGAGAAGCCUGGUUUUGUUUUUGUUACAUUUUUUCCCAGAGACAAUCAGAAUCAGCUUUAUUUGCCAAGUAUGUGUACACAUACAAGGGAUUUUACUCAGUUUUUAAGUUGCUCUCAGUGUACUUACACACAGAACAAUUUACAGGAAGAUGGAUAUAGACAUACAGCUAAAAACAAGGACAACGAAGCUGAAUCGGCAUACUACUCUCAGUCUUAUCAGUCCAAAAUAUUAACAACUGCGUUACAAAAAUCUGCCACAGUUAUCAUUGUAAAUUGUAUCAUGUGCCGUGAAUGGAAAGCUUGACAGGCGUAGCAACAGUAACUGGGGUGGGUGGGGGCUUAGCGAACAGUCAAUUUGUGGUGUCGUAGUGUCAUAAUAGAUUGGUAAUAACAGGUGGUUGAGAAGGUGAUGGUAACAUCUGGUGCUGGUUUAAGGGCUCUGUGUUUUAAUGCUUUUACACUGGGGAUAAUACUCUUCUGUUUCUCUUCCCUGUCCUUACCCCAAACUCUCCUUUCUCCUCCCCUCCAGAAUCCUGCGGAGUCCAUUUCCCUCCUGAGCAGCAGUCUGAUUGGUCAGUCCAGCGGAGGUGAUGCUUCUCUCAUGUCCCUCCCCGCUCUCAUGACUAAGCCAGCGGGGCAGUACCUGGACCUGACCCUGCUGUAGGGUCACAAAUAUACAAAGGUCAUAUGACAAUUUGGUACCUGUCAAAGACUUGUAAUGUAUUGUUAGGUUUUUAAAAAUAGUCUUUUAGAUGUGUUAUUUAUAUCUUUAAGAACAGAAAUUAAUGUAUUUUAUACCAAAAUUAUUGUGGCCUUAGCCAAAAAUAGCAGUUUUGUCUUAUAUUGCACAGUGUGUAUUUUAAAAGCUUUAUAGAGUUUUUUUUUUUUUUUUUUUACAUUUUAUGAUAUUAUAAUCACUAUGAUAUAUUUGCUAGCCAAACUAGAGAAGAAUGACCUAGCAGCAACUGAGCAAAAUCUUUUCCUUAAGCUUCUCUGUGAAGAGUGAAAGUAUGUGUGAGUGUGUUUUAGUGUGAAAGAGAUGAAAAUGAGUAUUAUGCAUGGCUGUGUUGAUGCGUCUUAAUACUUAAUCUGUUUAUGCAAUACAUUUUAUCUGUUUAUAUACAUUUGAUAAAGUACACAGUGAUUGUAUUGGAAGCUUUAGUGCAUGAAGAAGUUAGUAGUAAAACGUUAAGAUGUUUACAUAAUGCCAAAUAUCAAUGCACUGCUAAUCAAUAACACUACUAAUGAGUAUAAUAGCAGUAUCUUUAAAUGCAUGUUACACUGUGAGCUUGUCAAAUAGUCUGAUCUUUGCAUCAGGCUUCACUUACAAAAAUGUGACAUCUCACACUCAUUAGCCCCCUCCUUUCCUCCUCUAUGUACCCAAUAUGGGUCUGUGUCAAUGUUGUGUCAUGCCAAUGUUGUCUUGCCUUUUGUUUUGGACUCACAUCUGAACAGAGGACAGUCCCAGUCCUCUGUAACCUAACCACAGGGUUGCAUUCUUCAAGAGGACCUGCGUCACAAGCUCUCCGCUUACUGAGUGAAUCUCGGGAGCCAGAGGUGGUUUCUGACAGAUUUUAUGACAUAUUUUACUCAGAUAACAUUGCAAAGAUUUAUCAGUCCAUCACACUUUCCUUGUCUUCUCUCCACCAUCUACGCUGAUGUCGGGGAAUGCAAUGGAGCGAAUGGAUCUCCCUGCAGAAAUCCCUUCGCCAUUUCUCCUUUUAACCAAAUCAUUUAGAGAGUAGAUGGAAAGUUGAGAAGGAAAGGAAAUGAAGGACACCUCUGACAUGUAUCUUGUGAAUUUAAUUGCCAUUUGAGCCCUGCAAAAUUGCUAUUUGGGUUCCAUUUUGCUGUAUACACAUGUCCUACAGCAGGACUUCCUGCUCAGGUCGUCCUGCUGUGGCCACACUGAAAAAACAAUAAACAUAACAUGUGAAGUC